AUGAGGGCGCAAUUGGCCCGCCAUGCUCGACGGGUCCUUAUCCAGCAAGUCCGAUCCCCGUCUUGCGCCGUCUAUUCCACUCCUCUUCGCCGAACACGAUUACCCAGAACGAUAAACAAUGGCUACUCACGGCGAUACUUCCUCGAGGCCCUCUUCGCCAAAGCACCCAGAGAGAUUCGCCAACCCGAAUUCGAACCAGGAUGGCAGAAGAUUAUGGUAUGGAGGAGUCGCAUGCUCGACAACUUACGUCCUCCACCGACAGAAGAGCUUGUGCAAGCAUGGAGGUCUUUCUUUGAGGGAAAGUCGUCCAGUCGAAGGUCAUUGAACGGAACACAGGCAAUGCAAUGCAGGCGACUACUCGAAUAUCUUGUGAAUGAACGAAAAUUUCCUAUUCAAACAAAGAUUGAGGUCGCCGAUCUCACCAAGGCCCUCAAUGUUCUUAGCACACUCCGACCUCGCGAACGAACUUCAGAACACCUCAUGCUAGCGAACGGCCUCUGGAACGCCAUCCAUAAUCCCGUGAUGCACGAAAAGCCCUGGACGACUCGCGGUGGACUAUGGUGCACUUAUAUCAAUGUGCUGUGUCUAUAUGGUGGAUCGAAGGAUGCUCUCCAAAUGAUUUAUGAUAAAAAGGACGAGGCCAUGAAGCACUGCGAAAAGAAAACGAAAAAUCCGAUAUUAUGGAUGUGCCAGGGAUUAGCUCAAGAAGGCCACGGAGAGGAUCUUGUUGAAUUCGUUGAAUGGGCGACAAAGAACGGCUAUCCAUUCGAAACACAUAUUCAGCGUGUGUUGGUUUCUUUCUUUGCCCAGAGAGACCAGAUUCAGGAGACGAAGUACUGGUUCGACAAACCCCUUGAAUCUGGAACCCGCCACAACCACAUUAUACCCCUGGUCGCUCACUUCGCUGCCCGCAAUAACCUCCAAGAAUGGGCUAUUCCAUAUUUCCUUGAAAUAGGUGAAAGGCUUUCCGAAAAGCCGGACAAGAACUACUGGGAUAGCUUACUGCAGGCGAUUCUUAUCAUCGGAAAGGGUCUGCCCGAGGUGGAACAGAUGAUGACCAGGAUGGAAAGCUCACAUGAGUCUUUCAAGCCCAACACGGCCACCAUCAACAAUCUUCUUCGAGCUGGACUUGAGUUGAAAGACAUGUUGUUAGUCGAAGAGAUUCUUUCACUCGGUACUGACAAGGGCAUCCCACUCGAUGGUGAGUCUCACCUUAUUCUUAUGGAGAUGCGACUUCAAGCGGGCUAUAUACCUGGAGUCCAAGCGGCAUACAAGAAAGUGACACACUAUGAACCCUGGCACGUCAAGCCCGAUCUAUGGUGGGACUUCAGUCAACUGGUGAACGAGUUCGUGAUGACUCUCACUUCUCAGUCGACGCCAAACUUCAAACUUAUCGGUGAUAUCAUCGAAACGUGUGAGGAGAAUCAAAUACUUCUCGAGCCUGGCACAGUCGCUGCCCUCUGUAUUCGAUUCUUGGAGAAUGAGCAGCAUUAUGAAGUGAUGGACAUAUUAUCAGUUCACGCUUUUCAGUUCAGUGCGGCAGAGCGAGAAACUAUCCAGGAGACUUUUACCAACUUCUGUGUGGAUCUCAAAACGAGCACUUCAAGAGCUUGGAACGGAUAUCAAAUUUUGCGACAGUUCUUCCAAGACCUCAGCUUCGAACACCGUGUGCAGCUUAUGGAGGCCUUCUUCGAUCGAAAUCGUCCAGAUAUGGCUGCGCAUGUUUUCGGACACAUGCGACAACAUCGAAAUAACGACUACCACCCUAAACGGGAGACAUACAUCACUUUCUUUGAGAGGUUCUCAAGAUGCCCUGAUGACGAGUCUCUGGAGAUUGUCCAUAACAUGCUGAAGAUGGACACCACCGUGGUACCCAAUACUAAGCUUUACACUUCCCUCAUGCUAGCCUACGCAUCUUGCGGCAAGACUAGUCAGGCAAUGGACUUUUGGCAAUCAAUUACAGCCUCGGCAGAGGGACCAUCCUAUGCAAGUCUGGAAGCAGUAUUCUGGGCUCUUGAGCGCACACCAAGAGGUUCAAUUCAGGCCCACCUCAUCUGGAAGCGAAUCGAAAGCAUGGAAAUAGAUGUCCCUGCUUCGGUCUACAACGCCUAUGUCGGUGCUGUCGCUGGUAGUGGAGAGCUAGAAAAGGUUCAGGAUAUGUUGAUAAGGAUGAGCGCGGUGACAGGGGACGAACCAGAUGCAAUGUCGCUGGGCAUUGCCUUCAACGCUCUUCCAGGACAACAGCCACAAGCAGAUUUCAAGGCAUGGGCUCAGGGGCGUUAUCCUGAGGCGUGGGCCGCUCUCGAGUCCAAGGGCAAGCGACUUAACAGGGAUUCGCUGUGCCAAUACAAGCUCAAAAGGAUAAUGAGAGCUUGA